AUGGCGGAGAGUGUUGCUAAAACUAGCAAAUUAAGCUUGAAGAUUCUUUAUGAUAAAAAGAGUAAGAAAGUAUUCUUUGCAGAAGCAGACAAAGAGGCUGUUGAUUUUCUAUUUUAUAUGAUGUCUCUACCAUUAGCUACGGUCACAAGCCUCCUUUCCAAAUCCGAUAUUGGAAUGGUCGGAUGUUUGAAUAACCUCCAUGAAAGUGUUUCGAAUCUGGAUCAAAUCUACUUUCAUGAUGACAAGAACAAGGACUUGCUCUUAAAUCCAUUGCACUCUUUCUCAGUACAGGCACCUUUGUUGCUGCCGGUGCCGGAAAAUACAAACUGUACCAACUAUAAGAUCUACAAAUGCGAAUAUCACAGUAUAUGUAGUAUUGGCUAUAUCACAGAAUGUACAGAAUGCAAUUUUAACAAGAGAAUGUAUCGGCAUCGAGGAGAACAAAUUGCAGUACCGGAUGGUAAUGGCAGUGGUUUUGUGGAAAGUUUGGUGAAAUAUAUUGUGAUGGAUAAUUUGGUGGUCAAACCAAUUUCACCCAUUUCUAGCAUUUGCUUUUUGAAAGAUUUCAAUGUUAAGGAUCUUGCUAAUGUUCAUGAAGUAGUGGUUGUUUUGGGCUUGGAUGAGGGUCUUAAGAUAUUGAAGGCAUCUAUGGAAGGGGAAUCAGUGAUUACUAGUGUAUUCCUUGACAAAUUGGUUUAA